AUGUGUCUGUUUAUUUUUUUAUGUGUGUGUGUAUCUUUGCUAUUGCCCAAAAUAGUCUUAAACUUUACUUACCCCACGAUCUUCCAAGGAUGGCAGACACUGGUGGGUGGUAUUUUGUUGCGAAUUCUCCUCUCAAAUGCCUCAGUGUCAGUGUGUCCUCCAAGACCUGACAAAGCAGGGUUCAUUUCUCUGCUGCCAUCAUUUUUGUUCUUCUCUGCUGGUAUUGUUGCAAGUUCAAAAGCUCUUGCAAACUUGAGUGUGCCAAUGUUCCUCUGUCUUCAAAACACCCUGGGUUCCAUGCUGUACCUUAUGGAGAUAAUACCGAGUGGAGGAGGCAUGGUGGCUCUGGGGGCCAGCCUCAUCACCAUUGGAACGGCUGUAGCGGCUGUUCUGGCUGAUAUUGACAUGACGUUUUCAGAUUCACCUUAUUUCUGGAUGAUGGUACAUCUUGCGUGUGUAGCAGUACAAACACUUCAUUCCAAGAUUGCUGACGCCCGGUACACAGCCGUUGACCGACUCUACUUCUCCUAUGUUUUCAGUGUUGUUGUGUUGGCGCCUGCAUCGCUGUAUCUCGAGGAGGCUUUUGAAGUUCUGCACUUUCCACAUGCAGUGCGUUAUGAUUUCUACGCAGGUUGCCUUUUCUCAGGAGUGUUGGGCCUUUUCCUCAAUCUCACGUUGAUGAAGGUUAAGCGGUAUGCUCUCUUCUCCGUCGUUGAUCCAGUUGGACGAUUACUUACCUCUGUGCUGGCUUUAGCAACAUUCCCUGAUGUGACUACUAGUAUGGUCAACAUUCUAGUGUGCAUCAACCUAAUAUCUGCUGUGUUUGUGCCGGUCCCAGUCCCAAAGGAUGAAGAUGAAACGGAAGAAACUGUGGACCUGUUACGGGAAGGAGUUUGAAGUGUGAUGAGGGUACAGUCAUGUUCGAUGGGCUGCUUUUGGAUACUUUUGUUAUACAACGGAUUUUAUUUAGAAUAUAAAAAGGAUAAAGUGAAUUUUUUUAAGUGCUAAUUUAUUUUUAGAUUUUUCUCUUAUAUAGUCAUAUUUUACCAAUUAUUUAGAUUUAAUAUCAAUAUGAUAUUUUUAUAUUAUAGACAUUGAAAAUGUGCUGUGGUAAUUUAAUGCAACAUAGGAUGAAGGCAGUGAAGUAAAAUACGUGAGCAUAUCAUCUCAUCUCUGUUAAUGAUCAUUGCAUCAUCACUUAGUGAUAUGAAGCUUUAUGUCUUCCUUUACGUCUCUCUACCAAACUUUAUAUUUUGUGUGAAUGCAGAAAUAUGGAUAUAGGCUUGAGUUUGUUUGUGAAUAUGUAUUGAAUGGUUUAAGGGCCUAAAGUUUUGGAUGAAAUUUAGGAACUGGUGUGUAAAACAUGCUGUUUCAUGACAGUAAUUUCCAUUAACUUUAUCUUGCUCUGUGAGAGCAAUAAUUCAAUUGUCUGGUGCUGCAGGUGAAGGAAUCUUAUACAGAUUCAAUCAUUAUUACAAAGAAGUUUUCCAAGAAUUUCAGUAUAAGCCUCACUGGUGUGGAAAUAAUGAUAAUCAAGUCUCAUUAAAUAUCUAAUUUGUAGUAGGAAGUGAAUUAUUAUAGAUCAUUUACAUGACAUAAUCUCCUUAGUAUUUGCAAAGCAUAUUCCCCAUGAAUGCUAGGUCUUCAAAAUAGUACUUUGUUCAUAAUUUUCCUGUUAACAUCAAAAAUCAUAAAAUUUCAGAGUCCCAGACGUCUGUAUUUCAGUGUUGUAUUUAUUGCUUUAAAAGAGGACACUGUCGUCCUUUUCGUUCUCUUUAUACCAUGUCUACAGGCAGCAAAGUCAGUAAAAAUGAAAUAAGACAGAU